CGUAUGCUCAAAAUGUAUUGAAAAAUAUUAUCUUGACUCUUCUGGAAGCUGUUAGCCUUGCGAUUAAACUUGCUUAAACUGCUCUGGACCUUCAAAAGAAAAUUGCUUAUCUUGCAUUUCAGGGUUGUUUUUUUAGCAGAAAUCAAGUUCAUGUGUCUAAAAUUGUGAUUAAAAUUAAUAUCCUGACUCUUAAAAUGUAUGUUAAUUAUGCGAUCAAUCAUGUGCAAUUUGCUAAGGAGCUGGACCAAACAAUUGCUUAUCUUGUUAAUUAGGUUUAUACUUAUAACCUAUUACACAUUCAUUUGUGUAAACUUGUGAUUAAAAUUAAUAUCCAGACUCUUAAAAUGUAUGUUAAUUAUGCCAUCAAUCAUGUGCAAUUUGCUAAGGAGCAGGACCAAACAAUUGCUUAUCUUGUUAAUUAGGUUUAUACAUGUAACCUAUUACACAUUCGUGUGUUUAAACUUGUGAUUAAAAUUAAUAUCCAGACUCUUAAAAUAUAUGUUAAUUAUGUGAUCAAUCAUGUGCAAUUUGCUAAGGAGCAGGACCAAACAAUUGCUUAUCUUGUUAAUUAGGUUUAUACAUGCAACUUAUUACACAUUCAUGUGUUCAAACUUGUGAUUAAAAUUAAUAUCCAGACUCUUAAAAUAUAUGUUAAUUAUGCGAUCAACCAUGUGCAACUUGCUAAGGAGUAGGACCAAACAAUUGCUUAUCUUGUUAAUUAGGUUUAUACUUAUAACCUAUUACUCAUUCAUGCGUUUAAACUUGUGAUUAAAAUUAAUAUCUAGACUCAUAAAAUAUAUGUUAAUUAUGUGAUCAAUCAUGUGCAACUUGCUAAGGUGCAGGACCAAACAAUUGCUUAUCUUGUUAAUUAGGUUUAUAUAUGUAACCUAUUACACAUUCAUGUGUUUAAACUUGCAAUUAAAACUAAUUCAUAAAUGCAUAAUAACAGUGCUAAUUAUGUGAUCAAACUUGUAGCAGUUGUGAUGGAGCAGGACCAAAUAGUUGCUUGUCCUGUAUACCUGGAUUAUAUUAUUAGCCAAAUAAAAAAUAAUGUGUUUAGAAUUGUGAUUUAAAUUAAUUUAUUAAUUCUUUAAAUCAGUGUUAACCCUGUGAUUAAUCUUGCGCAAGUUGUGAUGGGUCUUCUUCUAAAAGCUGUUUAUCAUGCCCUUAAAAUAGCUUUUUGUUUAAUAAGAUGUGUGUAGGUAUUUGUCCAAAUGGAUUUUAAUCAAAUCUCAUUUCACUUACUUGCGAUUAAUUUGCUAGUUAUGCAAAUCCAGAUAGGCUAAAGACUCUUAAUGCGAUAGCUGCUACUCAGAAACAAGAUAAUUAGAUUCAGAUAAUAAUUGCACUUGCUUAAAUCCAAAAGAUUAAAGAAAUAAUUUUUAUUAAUGUAGCUAUCAAAAUAUUGCU